CAACCUCCUACCAGCUGUACAUAGCUGUCCAAUCUUCUCCCAUGUGACUCCAGUGCUCCCACUUUCAGAGAAAGAUAAAAGAUUCAACAUUUUCUUUUCAGCCCCCCUCCUUUAUCAUCAUCUUCUUCUUCUCUCUUUCUCAGUUUUUAAUUCAACACUAGGUUGCAUUUCGGUGUAUAUAUUAAACGAACCUUUGUUAUACAAAGUUCAUUUGGUCUGCUCUCUUGUUGUUGUUUUCUGUUGUGAACAUUUUCUUAUAUGGCACAGUUGCCUCCUAAAAUCCCCAACAUGCCGCCGAAUUGGCCUGACUUUCACCACCAAAAGACGCCGUCAAUGGCCAACAUCAGUGGCGCCACACAAAACCCUUCGUGGGUGGACGAGUUCCUUGACUUCUCUUCCUCGAGACGUGGAAGUCACCGCCGUUCCGCCAGCGACUCCAUUGCGUUCCUUGAGGCUCCAAUGCUGGAUGAAUGUCGUGGCUCGGGCGGGCUUCCCGGGUCGGGUACUAAUCACGAGUUUGAUAAAUUUGAUGACGAGCAGUUCAUGUCUAUGUUCACUGAUGAUACGCCAAAUGCCGUGGCGCCUACCGUCUCAUCCUCCAACCCCUCCACACCGUCGGAUCACAAUAGCAUCAGUGAAGAGAAAGAUGCACCUUCUGAUCAGAAACAGCAGAUGAGGAAUGAAUCGGAUGAGGUGCAAAGCCAGUGCAAAACGGAGACACAACCUUCACCUAACACCACAACAAACACAUCCACUGAUAGGAUAGUUGAUCCUAAAAGGGUCAAGAGAAUCUUGGCGAAUAGACAGUCAGCACAAAGAUCACGAGUGCGGAAGCUACAAUACAUAUCGGAGCUUGAACGUAGUGUUACUUCGUUACAAGCUGAAGUCUCGGUGUUGUCGCCACGUGUUGCAUUUCUCGACCAUCAACGUUUGCUUCUCAAUGUCGACAACAGUGCUCUUAAGCAAAGAAUCGCUGCAUUGGCUCAAGACAAGAUUUUUAAAGAUGCUCAUCAAGAAGCUCUGAAGAGAGAAAUAGAAAGGUUGAGGCAAGUAUAUCACCAACAGAACCUCAAAAAGAUGGAAAAUCCUGGAGCCUCACCAGCAUCACCACAAACUGCUGAUGUCAAACCCUCUAUGGAAAAAGAACAGCUUCUCGAUGCUUGAAUCUCACAAAGACGUGAGAUUUCAUAUCCUUUGGUUCCUUUCAGUAUGGUUGUAGCGGUGACCAAGAUUUAAUUAAGAGAAAGAAAUGUAACAAUGAAAUGACAGCCAGCCCACAAGCUACUUGCUUGCGUUGAUGCUCCAGUCUUGGUCUCCUCCUCAAUGUGACUACGAAAGGAGUCAAGUUGAAGGUGGAAGAUUGAAGGCUAUUCUGUGGAGGUGUUACAGCCACAGCCACAGCCACAUGAUAAACUUGGGACCAGUGAGAAGGUUACAGGCUAAGAUUUCAUUAAUUAAAUCCAGGAAAGGAGAUGCAGCUAGCUGCAGCUGUGGUUUCAAGGAAGUAAAAAACUGUAGUUUGUCUUUGCUUUGAUUGAUUAGGUGGAUAUGGAAUGUGGUUUUACUUUUUAUUUUUUAUUUUAUUUUUCAAAAUUUAUUCUUUUCAUAAGGUGUGUUUUGGGAUGUAUGAAAGGAAGAUGAUGGUCCGGCUUAGGCAAAGGCAAGUGGUGGUGUUGUCAGAUUGUUGUACUUUUUUCAGUGGCUUUUCUUCAUUUGUAAUCGUUUAUUUGUCAAAUUAUUUCAAAACAAGAAAAAGAAAUGUAAA